AAUUAAAUUAGUUUCAUUAAAUUUAAUAUUAAAUAUAUUUUGAUAUAUUUGUAUUGAUUAAUAUAUUUUUUUUACAAAUUUGAUUAAACUUAAAAAAAAGUUUGAUAAAUAAAAAAGUCAAUCGAUUUAUAAUAUAAUCCGGAGUUCAUAACUUUUGCUUUUACUGGCAAGUGGGACCCACUCCCAGAUGCGCUGUCUCCUUCGCGCUCGCGGCUCUACCUCUCGUCCCAGCCAUCGGCCUCGCGGCGCGCGCCAUCUCUCCACCGCCGCCGGCGACCAACCGAUCCACCAUCACCACCCUCCGACCACCAGCGCCGUCCCAUGGAAUCGCCUCCUCCGCGCCCACCUCGGCCGUUCCCGCGGGGACCUCGCCCUCGCGCUCUACCGCCGCAUGCGCGCGCUCUCCCCGGCGCUGCCGAACUCCUACACGCUCCCCCUCGCCCUCCGCGCCGCCGCCUCCCCGCGCGUCGCCUCCGCCGUCCACGCCCACGCCCUUCACCUCGGCCUCCACGCGCAGCACGACGUCGCCGGCCAGAUCCUCGCCGCCUACUCCAGGCUCGGCCGCGCCGCCGACGCACGCCGCGUGUUCGACGCAAUGCCGCCGGGGAGGACGACCUUCCACUGGAACGCGCUCAUCUCCGCCUACUCCAGCGGCUGCGACCCCGACGCGGCGAGGGACGCGUUCGCGCGCAUGGCCGCCGCAGGGGCGCGUCCCGACGCCGUGACGUGGACGGCGCUGCUCUCGGCGCACGCGCGGAGCGGGAAGCACGCGGAUGUCCUUCAGCUGUUCGGUGAAAUGCAAAGGAGCGGCUGCGAGGGGAACGCCGAGUCCAUGGCCGUGGCGCUCUCGGCGUGCCCUUACGCCGGCGACCUUGCAUUGGCCAAAGGGAAGGCGAUACACGGCUGCGGCGUCGUGAAGGGCCUCAUGCAUGGCUACCUGUUCGUCACCAACUCGUUGAUCUGCAUGUACGGCAAGCUCGGAGAGAUGGACGACGCCAAGAAAGCUUUCAGGGACGCGACGGCGAAGAACACCGUGACAUGGAACACCCUGAUCACCAGCUACGCCGCGGCUCGGCUGUGCGACAAGGCGUUGGACGUGCUCGCCCAGAUGGAGCAGAUCGGCGGCACGGUCGCGCCCAAUGUGGUCAGCUGGAGCGCGGUCAUCGGCGGGUUCGCGUCGUCCGGCGACACUGACCGCGCACUGGAGCUGUUCCGGCGAAUGCAGCAGCAAUGGCUCUCGCCGAACGUGGUGACCAUGGCGACCGUCCUCUCCGCUUGCGUCGACCUACUGGCGUUACGGCUGGGUCGAGAGCUCCAUGGCCACGCCAUGAAAGCCGAGCUAGAUAGGCACUCGCUGGUCGAGAAUGGGCUCAUCAACAUGUACGCGAAGUGCGGGAAGGUCUCCGGCGCACGGAAGGUGUUCGAUGGAAUGAAGACGAGGGACCUGAUCUCAUGGAACUCGAUGCUGGCCGGCUACGGCAUGCACGGCCUGUGCGACGAAGCCCUCGCUCUGUUCACCGACAUGGCCGGAGCUACGGUUGAGCCCGACGGCGUCACCUUCGUCGCCGUCCUGUCGGCGUGCGGCCACGCCGGGCGUGUCACGGAGGGCCGCCGCCUGUUCGAUCGCAUGGUGAGAGCGCACAAGAUCUCCCCAUCCAUGGAGCACUACACAUGCAUGGUCUACCUCCUCGGCCGCGCCGGCUUGCUCCGGGACGCGUCGGAGCUCGUCGAGACGAUGCCGGUGAGACCUGACCUGUGCGUGUGGGGAGCAUUGCUGAAUUCCUGCAGGAUUCAUGGUGAUGCAGCCAUGGCCGAGGCCACCAUUGCCAAUGUCCUGCAAUCCGAGGACCAGAGCACCGGCAACCACAUGCUGAUCACCAACCUGUACGCCAUGUGUGGCAUGUGGGACGAGUCCAAGAAGGUGAGGGUGAUGACGAAGGAGGCCGGAUUGAGGAAGAAUCCGGGGCAGAGCUGGAUUGAAGUGGACAACAAGGUGGUCGCCUUCGCCGCCGGGAGCGCGCCGCCGAAUCUCACCGGAGCUGAGGAUGUCUUCGGAAUGCUCGAUGAUCUAUAUGCAGAGAUGGAAGAUGAACAAAGAUGAACAGCAAUGCACCAUGGAUGAUACUGCUAGCCUAGUAGCCUUCUACUGCCUCUGAAUUUCUCAAGCCAUUCCUCAAAAGAGAAACAAGAAAUCCGAAGCAAGCAGCAAGCCAUCACCAAUUCACCCAUCAGUGCAGGCUGUGGCAUAAAUGGCUCGGUC